AUGUUCCACGAGGCCUGCUGGGCCCCUGUGCCCACCACAACCUACAUCCACACCAAGGUAGGCCACGUUAAAGCGGCCCCAGGAAUGAUGCCAAUGAUCGCCUGGCCCAUGGGACCCGUCCCACCAAGCCAAAGCCAAGCGCCGUACUAUUUUUCCCACCAGCACCAGAUUGCUAGCGAAGUUUCAAAAUUAUCUACCACCCAAACCCCAAGCCCAUUUCAACUCAAUAGUGCUGGCCCUUGCGCUGGACCUGGUGCAGACACGGACCAGGCACCGGGGGGAGCAUACAACAAUUCCCCCCUAACUCACCCGGGCACUGGUACUGUCGAUCCACCACAGGUCUACCUAGUCCCCGGCGCGACAUUCCUUGCAGGUGUCCACGCACAUGGGAACUUGAAAACGGUGUUUACCGGGGUGCACUCGGCUGCGAACCUGCCUUCCGGUAUCUCUACAGCAGGCCAGCCAGGUGUAGGCAAUGCACCUCAUUGUCCUGGGUAA